AUGGGUGUAUAUGUAUUUCCUAAAUUUGGUAGCUGGAUCAACCAGAACGUUCAACAGCCUCAUAAGGCCGAGUCCAGGAGAUCUGAGGAUGUUAAAUCUAAUUCAGAGUCAGAGAAAGACACUAAUAAUCAGGAAAUAUACUAUGACAAAUCUGAGGCGAAGAAGCAAGGAAAUCUUUGGAGAGAUGCAGAGAAGAAGAAACCAUGGUAUGAUGCUCCUGCUAAGGUUAAGGUGACAACUGAAAAAGGUGUUUACCAUAUGAGCAUAGAAUUGACAGUGGGAUUACCUCCUGAAGGAGUCUACGAUUUGUUUGCUAACCCAAAAAACAUACCAUUAGUCAGAAUCGAUGACAAGACUGGACGCCAACUUCUGGAAAACAAAUCAAGAAAGGUUUUGAAGAAGGAUGGACCGAGGGAGAUCGUAAAGCUAGACAAAGCUUUGGCUUGGAACUUCCUUUUCUUGUCUGGAUCUCUCCCCAUAACUAUAAUUGCUGAUGAAAACCAAAAAGAUUUCACAGCAAAAUAUAAGAAAGAUAAAAUGAUGUUCAUGAAAGUGUUUGAGGGUAGCUGGAAAAUCGAGCCUUUAUAUGUAGAUUCAGAGCGGUUGUGCAAGCAAAGGUUACCAAAGACUCGAGAAGAAUACAAGAUAUGUAGCGGUGGACAAGGAAAAGUUGCAUCGAAAGUGACAAUGGACCAAUACUUUCAGCCAGAUUUUCCUUUUAAUUUGCCACCGGUUUCUUGGUUUAUUCGCGGCAUCACUAUCAAUACCACCAAGAAACUACUCAAAAUGAUUCAAAAGACGAGUGUCUUGUUCCGAGACGCUUGA